AUGCCAGGUUCGCCGAUCCCGCCGAAUCUAAACUCUGCUCCACCGAGUUCUACCGGUGCAGCACAAUCCAUCGAGGCACCAUCCUCCGAUUGGACCUCCACUAUGAUCACCACCUCUGGAUCUGCCUCAGCUUCUACCAAUGCAUCCACCUCCACCUCCAAUAAGCGCCGCCGCGAUUCAAUGCAGCAAGACAUUGCCGGCCGUGAUUAUUACAAUAACUUGAAGCAAUCAGAGUUGAUUGAUCUGGUAGUCAAGCUCCAAGAACAGAAUCUGAUUCUCACCCGUUUACUGGAACGAUCCACCCUCACUGCUGCUACCAAUAAUACCUCUGCUGCCUCAGCCACUCGUCUGAAUCUUACUCCAAAUGUCAGCUUCACACGUACCAAAUCUGGAUCUGCUGCAUCUCGUUAUGCAUCGGAAAAGGAUUUCCCAACCUUGAAUUCAGGUACCAAAAAGGGAUCUGCCAAUGCCAAGCCUACUGCCAACACUGCCACCACUGCCACCACUACUGCCAACUCCAAGAAGAGCUCUGGUUCUAACAAGAAAACUUCCAAGAAGUCUUCUUCUAAAGCCAAAGUCCCCUCUGAUGCUGCUGAAGCCAAGAAAUGGGCUUUACGUCUAUUUUCUACUCCUACUGCUGCUGACACAACGGAUGGUGAUGAUAUGCAAAUGUCUUCCUCCUCUAAUACUGCCACUUCAACUCUGCCUCCUCCUGGUUAUACUUGUGUCUACCUUCCUUGUAGCCACAAAACCAAGCACGCCAAUCUUCGCACUCGUUUGGAGUUGCUCAAAAUCAAUCUCAAACGUGUAUAUGCCAUCCAACGUCCUGCCAAGCAUGUUGUCUCUCUUCUGGUACACUCCCACUAUGCUGCUGAAAUUCUUAAGAUCUGUGAAAAGGACGAACUUUAUCCCAUCACUGAUUUCAAUCCUAUCUUUGGUAAAAAUCUGGGCGAUCCCAUCUUUUGA